CCAUGAACCCAAAGGCCCUUACUGCAGCCCCACGGUGUCCAUGGCGACAAAAUAUAAGGGAGUUGGGCGGACGGAAAGAGACCACUUACACCCACCGGAAACCAUGUCUGCACCACCAGCAGAAAUGAAAUUGAACGAAUCCAAAUUUAUUUAUGUGAUCACUCUAAAACCCCCGCACAAAUGUAUAUUUGGUGCAAUGAGAAUCGCCCGAUAUACCUGCUAAACCGCUCGCCGUUAUUGGAUUCCGUUCAGCGAUUUGGUGAAGUAGGUAGCCAAGUGUGAGUGUUUUAGAAACAUCGUUGAGAUUUGUAUGAGAGGAGGCAGCGGUGCAGACCCGCUCCCAUGGUCUUUUUUUUUUAAACCUUCGUCGCCGGGCGAGAAAAUACAUAUCUAACUAGCAAGCUAAACAUGGAUCAGUAUCACGAGUAUUCUUAAGAAAUUAGCCAGUAUUAUUUGUCUACUCAUGUCAGUAACUACAGUAGUUAACGGUUUCAGUAUGAGUAUGCCCGAUCGAUGGUUUCGUUGAGGCUUGACAGUGCCUGAUGCAGGCCUGCUUUUUUCUAUCUGGAAAUUUCUUGACUGGGGAAAGCCGCCCAUACGGGAUUUCAUGACUUCCUAGCAUUAGCCUUUUUCGCUGCAUCCCCGACUCAAAUGAUGCGUGUUGUGUCGUUGCAUUGAUUUUGGAUGAUAAUAUCAUCUACUUUUAGCAUAUCAAUUUAAUAUUUUUUUUUAUCCAAACGGUAUAUUUUUAUGGGAUUAUCGGUAAAUUCGAAGCAAAUAUGGUGAAUUGGAAGCGGCUGCUGCGGGUGUCGAACCGCUCAUUUUUGGCCUUCAUUUUUUUCUUCUCCAUGUCUACGACUGGUCUCUACUUCAUAUAUGUGGCUCCUGGAAUAGGUACAAGGACCGCUACUUCGAUGCAGACAAGAAACAGGGUUUACGUGAAAUGUUACAUACACAGCUGGACAAGAUGGAAACGGACACAGUGCUCACCGAGGAAGAGAGGCCACGGACAGACAGAGCUGAAACUUCACUGCUUGACAGCCAACACCUACUUCUUCAUGGUGCAAGCCCAGGGCAUCAUGUUGAGGGAUAAUGUGAGGACCAUUGGUCAGAUGAUCAGACUCUACACCAAUAAGAACAGUACUCUCAACGGCACAGAUUACCCAGAUGGCAGUAACUCCAGUGAAUACAUGUCCCAGCCAACCGCAUACCUCCCUGAGAACUUCACAUACGCCCAGAACCUCCCCUGCCCAGAACGCUUACCUUCUAUGAAGGGUCCUAUGGAUGUCAAUAUGACUGAGAUCCCUAUGGAGGAGAUUGAUCUGAAGUUCUCUAAGUAUCUGGAUGUUCACUUUGGAGGACACUGGAAACCCAAGGACUGUAAACCACGCUGGAAGGUGGCCAUCCUGAUCCCGUUCCGUAACCGCUACGAGCACCUUCCCAUCCUGUUCCAGCACCUCACCCCCAUGCUGCAGAGACAGAGACUGCAGUUUGCAUAUUACGUCAUCGAGCAGUCUGGUACCCAGCCGUUCAACAGAGCAAUGUUGUUUAACGUGGGUUUCCUGGAAGCCAUGAAGGAUCUGGACUGGGACUGUUUGGUGUUCCACGAUGUCGACCACAUCCCAGAGAACGACCGUAACUACUACGGCUGUGGUCAGAUGCCUCGCCACUUCGCAGCCAAACUGGACAAAUACAUGUACCUACUACCAUAUGGUGAGUUCUUUGGGGGUGUGAGUGGACUCACAGUGGAACAGUUCCGCAAGAUUAAUGGCUUUCCCAAUGCGUUCUGGGGCUGGGGAGGAGAGGACGAUGACCUCUGGAACAGAGUACAUUAUGCUGGUCUGAACAUCACAAGGCCGGAGGGAGAAGUGGGUAAAUACAAGUCCAUCCCACACCACCACCGGGGAGAGGUGCAGUUCCUGGGCAGGUACAAGCUGCUGAGAUAUUCCAAAGAGAGGCAGCACCUGGAUGGCCUGAACAACCUCAACUACACCCCUGAGAUCUCCCUGAGCUCCCUGUAUAAGAACAUCACCGUGGACCUGCACCCUGAUCUGGCACCCAUUGCAGACUACUGAACUCUUGACUCCCACCUGACCCCCUUAAACCCUUCACACUCCCUCAAGCAUCAAACGGUACCCCAAAGCUGGGCAAAGAGGGGCUGGGGGUGGGGUCGGAGGCACACCAUGUAACGCUGCCAAGAAACCUUACUCAAAAAAACAAAAAAAACAUGAGAGGAAGGGGCAUAUAGGGUCUGUUUAAUCGAACAAUUGAUUGUGUAUGUUUCUGUGAUGAUUGUGAAUGGUGUGUGUGUGUGUGUGUGCGUGCUUGCAAGGAUGUGUGUAUCUGACUUUUUGUGUCCCUGUGUCACUGCAUGUCAGUGUGUUCAUGCCGGCUUUAGCUACUAAGCUACUUCACAUCAACACUUCAUAAUACAUUAUGAGGAGGGAAGGACAGCAUUAGUUUUUCCCACAUCUGAUGUUUACUGCAACGCCUUAAAGUGUCAGGCUCCGCCUCAGAACCACGGCUCUCUGGCCGCCUCCCAAAUGGUACCCUAUUCCCUAUAGGGCUGGAAUUGCCAACGUCCCCACAAUAUGAUAAUGUCACGAUACUUAGGUGCCGAUAUGUAUUGCUAUUCGAUACUGCCAUUUUUUCCCCAUUUUUUUAUUUAUUUUUAUUGCCAUUUGAUAUUCCAAAUAUAUUGCUCACUAUAUACUGAGUGUACAAAACAUUAGGAUCACCUUCCUAAUAUUGAGUUGCACCCCCUUUUUGCCAUCAGAAAAGCCUCAAUUCAUCAGGGCAUGGACUCUACAAGGUGUCAAAAGCGUUCCACAAGGAUGCCGCCCCAUGUUGACUCCAAUGCUGCCCACAGUUGUGUCAAGUCGGCUGGAUGUUUUUUGGGUGAUGGACCGUUCUUGAUACACACGGGUAACUGUUGAGAGUGAAAAACCCGUCAGCGUUGCUGUGACAUUCUCAAACCGGUGCGCCUGGCACCUACUACCAUACCCCUUUCAAAGGCACUUACAUCUUUUGUCUUGCCCAUUCACCCUCUGAAUGGCCCGCACAAUACAUGUCUUAAGAUCUAAAAUAUCCUUCUUUAAUGUCUCCUCCCUUCAUCUACACUGAUUUUGAAGUGGAUUUAACAAGUGAAAUCAAUAAGGGAUCAUAGCUUUCACCUGGAUUCACCUGGUCAGUCUGUCAUGGAAAGAGCAGGUGUUCCUAAUGAUUUGUACACUCAGUCUGUCUGCUGCAGAGAUGAGAGAGCAUGAGAAGACGAAUAAAAGUGCUAAAAACAUUUUGGAUCACUAUUUAAAAAGUUGGAGAACAAGCUAUGGUAUUUUUCAUCCAAUAGGUUUGGCGCAGGUACAGCCGACUAGCACUAGCUACAGUUACGAGAGGGGGGAAAAAGUUAUUUUUCUUUUACAAAUCGAUUCGUAGAAUCAGGUAUUGAUAUCGUCCAAAAAUAAUACUGCUAUAUGUAACUCGAUGUAGUUUUUUCCCCCCAUCACAAAUUCCCUAUAUACUGAAGUGCACUACUUUUGAUCAGAGGCUUAAUGCACUACUUUUGACCAGGGCCCUUAGGGCUCGGGUCAAAAGUAGGGCACUAUAUAGGGAAUAGGGUGCCAUUUGGGACUCUGACUUUAUCUCACAGCACCGCUCAGCACAGCUUUAACUUCUAACGUCUCAGUAUCACCUUACGAGCCAACAGACAUUUUUGUCUUCAUGUUAUAUCAUUUUUUUUACACAUUGUUCGUUUUUUAAAGAUGAAACAUGUAUUCAAGCAUAUUCCUUAAAGAGGAGGAAAUAGGAGAGGAGCUAAGCGAAGGCGACUUGUGUGUUUAUUGUGAUGUACAUUUUCUGAUAUGAUCUAUUUUCUUAGUAUUUAUUUUUUUCCUUUUUUAACGGAUGUUUUAGAUCACUCGGUCCUACUUCUCUGUGUGUCACAUGAUGAGCGUUUUGCUGUUUCUUUGCUGCACUGCCGACACGCAUGAUGCACAGAACAUGUGUAAAUACUGGCCACUUAAAAGCUUGAGCACAGAACACGUAUGUACAUAUUUGAACAACUAAACGUUCAGAGCCUGUUAGUAGUUAUUCCAGUGGAUUUGAAUUUUGUUUUGGCAGCUACCUUCUUCCUGACGACUUAAAGGACUUUACAGAGUGAUGGGUUCUUCCAUUUCACUGGGAAGAUGUAACAAUAGAUGGACAUUUGGCUUUAAAAGAAUGAGAAUCUCUUAGGUUGACUAUCUUUUGCAUGCCUUGAUUGAUUUUGUUACUAGAUGUUUUUUUUAAGCAUAAUUUAUUUGAUAAUUUCAAGAUGUUUACUUUUUCAGUUUUGCCUUUUAGAGUUUGUUUUUUUUCUCUCUGAGGCGCACAGUGUGAAAAUAGACAAAUUGACGUUAUGGAGCGUGUUCCUGUACAGAAAGACAGAUGGGGGCCAGGGUUCAAAGGACUGUAGUAGCUCUGGUCCAGGGUGUUCUGUGUAGUUUGCUGAUGCUGAGCCUUCAACAGCAAGCCACAUGUAACGCCCUGGACCAGAGCUAAGGACUGUUGCUGCUAAGUGGUAAGCUGAGAUGUCAUUCUAUCUUCCUCUGGUGUGUGUAGUUUGCUAUUCUGGAGGAGGAGUGUAUACAGUGCGAAUAGCGUGUUUGGCACAGGAUUAUGUUUCAGCUUGUGGUUUGGGCUGGUGUGUGAGCUGUGAUGUGAUGUGAUCCUAAUAGGCUUGCGAGGUAUUUAGGGGCCAGAAUGAAAGAACAGUAGCUAAAGCUAACAGUUAACCCUGUUCUUGAAUGGCACAGACUGAAAUCUUGGCCAUGAAUAGCGAAGAUUAGCCAGGAAAAAAUGUAGGCAGUUGAUUUCUUUGUACCUAUUAGCGUUUUUUCUCUUGUACAUAUAUUUUACCCAUACAGUUCAUAUUUAAAUUGUCUGGGUGUUUUGCUAGUGAUGUUGAUUUAUCAAAUGUAUGUCUCAAGUAGAACCGCUCUAUUCAAACUACCCAUGUUUUCUCCAUCACAGUAUUGCAGUACUGGGAACCUCCUGUCCUGCUCCAAACAUGGUGUUUGUCCAAAAUGGCACCCUGUGUCCUAUAUAGUGCACUUCUUUUGACUGGAGUCCUAUGCGUCCUGGUCAAAGUAGUACACUAUAUAGGGAGUAGGGUAAUUUGGAACGUAGCCUAGCUCUCUCUGUCCCGUCACGCUUGUAGUGCUGUGGAGGAGCGGCCUGAAGAUGUUUACAGUCAUUUUCGCUCCAAAGCUAAAGUGGCUAACGAAGUGCCAGGCUAAAGUAUGUUUUGGUUAACAGACAUUAGCUACGGUUACAUAAGACCUCAAUGGUGUAUUUCUGACCAAUUGGGUGAGGUGAGACAGAAUCAAAGAAGACAUGAUAGUGAUAAGACAUUCUGUUGGAGGUGGUCAACUGUGCCAAAGUUCCACUUCUGAUACCUACCCAUCCUAAUUCUUCCACCUGCCUCUUCUUCUACACUUAUCUCUACUCGUCUUUCCUUCCUUCCCUUUUUUAAAUGAAUUCUCCUCCCAUGAGCUCCUCUAUGGUGUCUCAGCAUCCAGAUAGACUAGUGUUGAUAGUAGCCAUCAGGGUGUAAGUGUUAAAAUAGCCAUAUAUCUAUGACAUAUAUACAACAUACAGGUAACUACUAAAAUAAAGGAAACACCAACAUAGUGUCUUAAUAGGGCGUUGGGCCGCCAGAACAGCUUCAAUGCGCCUUGGCAUAGAUUCUACAAGUGUCUGAUAAUGGGCAACUGGGCAUUUUUAUACAUGACCCGAACAUUGAUGGGAUGUUAAUUGCUUAAUUAACUCAGGAACCACACCUGCAUGGAAGCAUCUGCUUUCUUUACUUUGUAGCCCCCAUUUAUUCAAGUGUUUCUUUUAUUUUGGAAGUUACCUAUAUAUCUCUGUAUAUGUCUCUGGGUAUUGGGUAUAGGUCAGUGUUAGGGACUGGGUUGGGGGCUUCUCUUUUGCGAUGCCUUUUGCUCAGUAACGGGUUUUUGCACAAGAGGAUAAACGCUGUCGUUGUUUUUAUAUACAUUGUGGAAGUUAUGGGCAGCCUAGCUGUCCCCCCCACUUGAGGGCGCUAUGAGUUACUGUAGCAGAGAGAUGCACUCUGAGUCAGUAGCUUCUUUCUCUGGAUCCCGUCAUCUCACUCGCUGGAAGGGAUCCGCUUCUUCACAUUCUCUCUUCCUGUCAUCGUGUCUGACUUUUUCAAUCUGUUCAGGGAACAGUGUGAAAAGUAUUAAAGAGAUGAAUUAGAGAAAGCACCCGUCACUGAAGAUUAUCUAGGGUCAGUAUUCUCGCUGUGUCCCAAAUGGCACCCUAUUCCCUAUAUAGUGCACUACUGGCUCUGGUCAGAAGUAGUACACUAUAUAGAGAAUAGGGUGCCAUUUGGGACUUCACUCAGAGUUGUACAUAUUGUUAUUGCCUCUGAGAGGAGUAGGGGGUGAUGUAUGGAAGGAAGGGUAGUUUAGGGGGUGGCUGGGCAGUGUGCUGGCUACACCCGGUCGCUAGUGGUUUGGUUUACACCCCCAGCCCAAUUGGGAGGGGGGUCAAGGGACCCCCCCUACUCUCCCCUCCUACUGCCUCUGUUGGUUGUACGAAUAUCCAAAAAUAGAUAUAACAUUUUUCUAAUGAGUAUAUUCACCAUUACAUAAUUUGUAAUGUAGAGUAUGACAUUUUUGCAGUAUUCAUUUGUGCCUUGAGUUAUUUUUUUUUAUUCAACUUUUUUUUUUUCAUACUGUUUUCACUUUGGAUUCUUGGUUGAAAGUUACAGUAACGGUUUGGAUUGUUUUUAAACUGAAGUUAGUGUAUUUGCUUUUUUUAUUUUCCAACUAGAAUGGAGCUCUGGCACAACGUUUCCAUGACAACAGGCUGUGUAGGAUUUCAAAAGGAAUCCUACUCAAGUGUCUGUCUAUUGUGUUGGUGUAUCAAUGAUUGACUGUAUCCAAUUUUUCCUGCUGUCCAAUCAGAGGCCUGUUCUACUCUGGCCAUGACAUGUACAAUCGUCUUGGAUUCUCAGCUCUCCGUUCUUCUCACUAUACUCUGCUAUGUCUGAACAAAGAGUCAUAGCUGGAGCCUGAGUGCAGACUCUUGCAUUACUACCAUCCACCAGGAAGUGGAGGAUGACACAGAGGAAGUAGUGACUUUUGAAUGGAAAUCUAUGGGAAUGAAGUGUCAUCUGGUAUACAAAUAAUAUAUUUGCUCAUUCAAUGUCAGGCAUAUUCAUUUGACUUUAUGGGUUUGUACUUAGAUUGUUCGGAAGAUGCAUUUAUAGAAAUAUGAACUUUAAACACAUUGUCGAUUUGGCCCAAAAAAACAAGCUUAAUUCGAUGUAGCGCCUACUAAUGCGCCUCUUGCGUCUAGUUUAGCCAUUUCAUUUUGCUAGAGUUCCUGUCCCCCUCUGACAACGCAGACAACUUUCUACAUGGUGAAGCUGAACGGUUAGCCAUCUUGUCAAUCUUUGGUAUAACAGCCAGUAAAAGACUAUAUACAAGAGUUGAACUGUUGGACUUUGUAAAGUUUUUUUUUUUUUUUUUUUUUUUUGUCAACAAAAUAUGAAUAAAACACAUUCAUUGCCAUGUUCUGGGAAACACCUCUGAAA